AUGUCGGCUCAAGCUAGAGUUUUUUCAGGCUACCGCCGCUUAUUCCGUGCCCGCAGGAACUUAUUUGAGGGCGAUGUGCAGGCAAUGAAGGAGUCUCGUGUUGCUAUUAAGCAGGAAUUUGUGAAAAACAGAGGUGCUGUGAUAGCUGGAGAGCAAUUUGAGGGCCUAUUGACCAUGGUGGACGAGGCUGAAGACAUGCUGCGACACGGUAUAGCCCGAGGCAAUCUCAACCCUGGUACAGGAAACUAUGAAAUUAAAAUCAAACCUGAACAUGUUGAGGGCGUAGAGCAUUCCAAUAUGGAACCAAUAACUGCGGACGUUGUAUCGAAAAUGGAAAGACCAAUGGUAGAGACAACUUGCCAAUCGAAGAAAUAA